AUGGCCGACCACCAACAACGUCUCUAUCACUCCCUCCGAGCCGAAUCGCCAGUCUCACCUCUCGUCUCGCCAUUGUACAGCGAGUUCUCUCGACUGCCGCAGUCCCACUCCCUCUCCACCGCGACACCGCCCCGACUGGCGACCGAGCGGAGCAACGAUGCAUACGACGUAAGCCCCAUCACCAUGUACAGGGCCUCCACUAUGUCGCGCAGCGGCAGCGUAUCGAGCUACUCGUCCGCCUACACCAGCACCUUACCGAGCACCCCUGCCAACGUCUUCCCUCCUCCGCAAUACGUUGCUCCUUUUGGUGCUGAGCAGGUGGUCAGCGAACGGAAGCGACGCUGCAGCGACGAUGAAUUCGGACGACCCAGCACUGUGACCUCGGAUCGCGAGGAGGUGCAGUUCUCUCCCGGUGCUCUGGCGUCAGUCAAUCACUUCCUCGAUUACCUCUUGUACAGCUUCCUCGGCAAUGCGAAGUCGACCACGCUCACCGCAUUGAGGCCCGCUGUGAGGGAUGUGCUCAAAGGCCGUUUGGCCGCGGAAGCGAUAGCGAGUGCGGAAGACGAGUUACAAGAGCUUCUCGGCGGAGGGGAAGACGAGGAAGAGGAAAUGGACCACCGGCAGACGGUCGCGGAGCGAAAUCGUACGUGGGACACAGAGUUGGUAUGGAAGCGCACAAGGCUGCGAGUGAUGGUGUACACGCGUCUGGGUGAGGUUGAAGACGACGAUGAGGAGCGCUUCCUGCAAGAGGAUGAAUUAUUCCAUCACGGCGAUCGUCGCUUCUCACAUGCUACGGGACUGGUGUCGUGGGCGGCGGCGAUCUUCCUGACAUCGGUGCUCGAGUACAUAGCGGAGCAGGCCCUGCAAUGCGCGGGACGGGCUGCCGAUUCCCGGUGGGAACGUCAAAGCAAGAAUCCCCCCCGCGUGUCCAUGUCAGCUUCCGGCCUUGUGCAACACCUGGAUGGCGUGACCGUCGAGCAGUUCGACUGCGAGAAAGUUGCACUGCACUCGACGCUGGGCCGACUUUGGCGCACGUGGAAACGCAGCAACCAGAAGACAUUUACCACCACCACCACCUCCACCACCACCCGCUCACCGACGCCAGCGGCCGGCGGCAACCAUAACUUCUCGCGCCGCUUCAGCAGGGAUCUAUUCGGCGCGGCCGUGAGUCCUGUCUCCGCAAUGGAUGAAUCUCGGGGACCCUCAAUGGCGGCCCACACUAAGGAAGCUGAUGAAGCUGAGGCUGAAGACGCCCUCCAGGUUGCGCCGCCAGAGAUCCCCGAAGAAGAGUACCCAGAGCACGUUCUCGCCGCUAACAUUCGGCUUCCGCUCAGCAGUGAGAAGCAGGAUGUGGACGAGAUAGAAGUUCCAGGGCUCGCCAGGGAUCCGGACGAUCUCGAAAGUGUCAUGAAUCGCUGCAUGAGCCCCCAGCUUAAACGGCGCAAUAGCGAAGCAGAUUUCUCUCCCUCGAGACUUCAACGCAUGCUGGGGAGCGAGUUGCCAUUAUCUUCAGAGAAUCGGGACCCCACUGAUGGCGCCGUCCUUGAACACUCGCAGAAGCCAGUGCUAACUCGGCAACGCUCCAGCUCAGCGCCCACGAGAUCGAAGCGCAGAUACGUAGAGUCGAGAGAAGUAGGCGCGGACAGGUCGAGCGCUCAAGCGGAGAUCGGCGACUGGGCUCCGAACUCGUUACCAGACGCCGCUGCGACGGACGCCGACGAUACCAAAGCUGAAGCAGAACCUGGCCGAAACGUGAACAAGCUUCCAGUCAGCGAGAACUUAGACAAGAGCAAAGAUCCUAGGGGUACAAUAUUUGAAAGCGCGGCACCUGCAAGUGCAGCUGCGGCUGCGGCGGCAGCAGCACUCGUGUACGGAGCCAACACGAAGAAGAAGCUGUCGAGAGAGAGCUCACCAGCGAUCGGCAUGGGUAUCGAAGAUCGGGACAGCCAGAAGCUUCUUGCGAGGGACAUCAAGCGGAUGAGUAUGCCGUUGCCAGUUCCACUGCACGAAGGACAACGGUCCAGGAGGGUAUCUAUGGGUCAGCCUCGCGCGCCGGCAAGCUUGGUCACGACGGACGGCGCAGAGAAUAGGAGGUCCACGGAUACAGCGGGAGGUAGCUCGACACGAACGCUCAGCCCAAAGUCGAGAAAUGAGGAGGCAAAUGCGAAUGUGACAAAAGGACAGCAGGCGGAAAGACCUGUCGGCAUUGGUGUUGCGCAUACUUCGGACGAGGCAGUCUCUGCGCUUAAGCAAGACGAGCGGCACCAUCACGCAAGGGACAGUUUCACGACUCCAUCUCCCCAGAGACAGUCCAGACUGAUCAUUGGGAGCUCCCCGUCGGAGAUGCUGUCACCUCUGGCUACAAGAGAUAGCGCACCUAACGAGAACCUGGAGACUGGUGUACCAGCCACGACGCCAGAGAGUUUCUUGGAGAAACGUUCCCUGUCAGUGUCGCCAAAAGCACAGCAGUCGGAGGAAGCGCCGAAGAGCCAGACGGCUGUAGCCUCGCAGCGUGAUGGCCCCAUUGCGGUGCAAAGACAAAUGCCAAAUGCACUGACGACAUCGGACACUGCAACUGCCUUACAACCAUCUUCAGGAGUUGAAAUCUCUCCAUUGCAGCAAACUUCCUCCACAGCAAGUGAGAAGACCAGCUCGUUGAUGUCGCACGCGAAGAAGCCUUCGAACUCAGAAACAGCGCCCUCUGUGGUUCAGGAGCAACCGUCCGUACAGAAGAUGGCUGUCAAGAAACAGCAGGAUAUCAGAGCGAGAGGUCAGGAGGAAUUCCCGCUCACGAGCGCUAGCAUUAGGGGACCGGAGGACUUCGAGAUGUUCGUGCAAGGUGGAGAUACGGUGAAGUACACCCUUACACCGGAACAUGUGAGGGAUGUCGAGGUGAGCAAAUCCGACUGCUUAUCAACUGAUCUGUCCACUGAUCUAGAUCAGACAUCUCCAAAUACCGUGCCGCUGGCCAAACUUCGCGCACAAACUACGCCAACCCCAACGACCUCGGAACGUCCGCCGUCCCGAGUCGGACGAAGCCUUGCAGCCAAGCAAGCGACUCCCGCCAUUCCAGUGCCACCGGAUCCGGAGGAGGAACGCGAACCGAGGGGCGAGGAGAGGCGGAGAUCCAGCAGUCGACCGCCUGUACGAAAUACGAGCGUGCACCGUAAGAGUGGACUCAUGGCGCGUGAGCCGCAGGUCGUCACCGAUUCCACAAGAGAUUUUGCCGACUUCAUUCGGUCGACUGGGCCGGACAAGGAGCAGGAAAUCUAUCCCAUCAUCAGCAAUCGAGCCUCUCUGCAAUCUGUACGACAAGCUUACAUCCUCGGCUCAAGAUCAUCUUCGCCGGGUGCCAAUUCCGUCAGGAGCCAGAAUCGAAUAUCUGCGAAGGGUGAAUCUGUACCUCCUAUGCCACCUAUACCUAGACGGAAGAGUGAUAUGCAGCCUCGAGGAGCGACCUCUACCACUGACAGCGGAACAUCGGAUCUUAUCGAUUUCAUCAGGACUGGGCCCAAUGAGGUUGGUAAGGAUGGCGAGCCACGAGAGCAUCGAAUUUCGAGGUCGGUGGCGCCAUUCCGCACGACGAUGGACUCGGAUCAGCUUCAAGAAUGGGGUGACCACAUUGCCGCGCAGCCUGACUUGAAGCUGAACACAAGCGUUCCAAGCGUGCGCAGUGCCUCAUCGCCGAAAUCCUCUUCCUAUACCAAUCGAACUUCGGCCAACUCGAGAUCCGCGCUCCUGAACAGCGCUAGCAGUGCAUUGGAAGUCUCGCAGCCGGCGUACAGCGGACAACAGCAGCGGCUCCCUUCUAAGGCCACAAGCCAAGUUGGUCCGCCAGAGCCGGUCGUCAAGCGGUACCGUAACAAGGACCCUUACGCGAUCGAUUAUGACGAUGACGAGGGUGACGAUUUCCUGACUGCUUUGCCAAAAGGCAAGCGUGAAGAAGAGAGCCUGAUAGACUUUCUGAGAAACACUGGCCCCUCGGAGGCAGCUCAAGCAGCUAGCAGCAGCAAAGCUGACACUCGAAACCCCCCAACUGUUGGACCUCACCGGAGUGGUGCAUCGGGCUUGCAAGUGCUCGGCGCAGACGCCGUCAGCGCUGGCAACACCAGCCCUUCAGCACCCAGUCGUGACGGACACCGUCCGCGCACCAGCAUCAGCGGCGAAGUAGCCGCCAAGAAUACCACCACCACGGUCGCAAUCGGGCCCAUCAGCAAACAACCUCCUCGACAAAAAAUGGAAGCCCGAAGCGGCACCAAAAGGGAGAACGGCACUGGCGACCUGGCAGAUUUCCUACGCAGCUCCGGCCCUUCUCCCGCCGCCGCCACCGCCGCCGCCACGCCGCCACCUUAUCUCAAACAAAAUUCAUCCAAAGCUUCGAUACAGAGCGGGAAGACGAAGAAGAGCGAGAAGUCGACGAGAAAGAGUGGAUCCUUCUUCGGGAGCUUGUUCUCGCGAAAGACGGCUCCCGCGGCGGGCAAGGCGUAUUUGGACAUGUGA